CUUAGAGUGUGACGGGACGCACGCUUGUGCUUCACUGGCUUUAAUUGCACUCACAUUCACUGUCUUUUUCGACUUGAAAACAAAGGGAGGAUGCAGUGGGGCUCCCUAUGGCUAUUGGUGGUCCUGAUGGACUUUACUUUUGCUCGAGACAAUAAUUUUGACGCCAACAAAAGAUCUGAUUUUCCUCUAUCCACGGGACGUGCGUUCAGCAAUGAAGGAGUCGCAGCGAAUACUGAACCAACGUCAGAAACUAUCAGCGCUUCAAAUACAUUAGGAAUUGAGGGAAAUUAUACGACAACUACGGAAUUAGUAGCGAUAAAUACAUCCACAAACGCCUCAGUUGAUCAUGAAUUUCCGCUGUCGAGGGCCCCGGACGCCAAAGAAGAUGCGGCCUCGCGCAGCGGCCCCGCACAGAUCGUGCAGUUCCUCAUUGGCAAAUGGGGGCCUGAACAAGCAUACAAGAGCGUCGUUCAGAUCCUUUUUUUCCACCUCUUCAUAUCAGCGUUUUACUACCUGUUCUUCGUGCUGCAUCAGGGAGUGCUGAAGCUCAUCACGCUCCUGCGCUCGCCCAUCAUCGACUACGAGGAGCUUUUAGCCAAAAUAAUGACAGGCUACCCUGAACCAGAAUUGCCUCAUCCCCACGAAGAGUAUGGAUACACAGGAGGCUUCAAGCCACCUAUUGGCCAUCAUGAAGGGCCUCCAAAACUUGGGGAGAAACCGAAAGACGGUCCGAAGCCUGAACCGAAACCGAAAGAUGGUCCGAAGCCUGAACCGAAACCUAAAGAUGACCCAAAGCUUGAAAAGAAACCAGUAGGACCUCCAAAACCAGUUUACCCUCCUCAACCGGUGUAUCAUCCAGUCCAGGGGCUCCAACCUUUUGAACCACAAUAUGGAGACCCACUCGAUGGCCAACUAGCGUCAGGGUUCAAGGUUUUCAAUGACGGUCACCACUCACCUUCUUUCGACGUUAUUCAUGACCCACCGAUACUAGACCCCUUACAAGUGUCACCGAAAGGAGGACUCGGUGGCUCCAGCUACACGAGUUAUGCAGGAGAAGUCAAACCUGUACAGUUUCAGGCCGGGCGAUAAGGUGAACCUAAGUCACACAGGAUAAGGGAGCUUGAGAUUUUUCAACUGGCGUCAGACAUUGAACUUCCCAGUAGUAUUUAUAAAGUAUUUUGACACUUACAAUAUGUUAAUAGUCGUUUGAACCUUCUUUAUCACAGAUAACUUAAGGCUCACCUGACGUGAUCAUCACCGGAAAACAGGUUCUUUAAUUAGCAGGAUCCUAACCCUAAUAGAUACCUCAAUGCUUACAAGUACGGAAAUGUCAAGCCUUCAGUACCUCAAUGCCUACACUUUCAUCAGAUCUAGAAGAAUACUUCAAUACUACUAGCAUCUGAAGCUCCCUCCGAAACCUAGACGAAUCUUGAUGUAUCACACUACCAUGAAAGUCCUGUCGCAAUUCAUUGCAAUGGUACGUCAGUGCUGAGAGCAACCAUGAAGCUCACUCAUGAGCUUCAUACUUUCUUACCUAAUUUACGAAGACAUGACUUUUAGACGACAGCCUCGAUGGUGAUAUUUGGUGUGUUGGGAUGACGUUUCAUCAAAGGUACGAUGUUUAGACGAUGUCUUCGAUGAUGAUCCUUGGUAAUAUAAUAACAAUAUUAUCGCGGUCAGAAUGUUUAGACGUUGGCCUUCCAAUAAAGACGAGCACACCAACCUCGUGGUUCUCGUCUUUCUUCACUGUUAUUUAUUGUUGUAUUAAUUUUUUAUAAAACCGUUCAGUUUGU